UUCCCACCUGGCAGCUCCGCGACCCUCCCGGCCCUCCGAGUGACGAGGGGGGGGAGUGAGAGGAAGCCGGCGAUGGCCGAGAAGUGCGACUGCAUCGCCAGCGCCUACGGCUACGACCUGGGCUGCCGCUUCGGGAACUUCCGCCCCCUGGGCUUCGGGGCCAACGGGCUGGUGCUGUCGGCCCUGGACAGCGAGAGCUGCCGCAAAGUGGCGGUGAAGAAGCUGGCGCUCGGCGACGCCCGCAGCCUGAAGCACGCCUUCCGCGAGGUCAAGAUCAUCCGCCGCCUGGACCACGAGAACAUCGUCAAGGUCUACGAGGUGCUGGGGCCCAAGGGCGCCCGCCUGCGCGGCGACUUCUUCAAGCUCAACGUGGUGUACGUCGUGCAGGAGUACAUGGAGACCGACCUGGCGCGGCUGCUGGAGCAGGGCAAGCUGGCCGAGGAGCACGCCAAGCUCUUCAUGUACCAGCUGCUGCGCGGGCUCAAGUACAUCCACUCGGCCAACGUCCUGCACCGCGACCUCAAGCCGGCCAACAUCUUCAUCAGCCCCGAGGACCUGGUGCUGAAGAUCGGCGACUUCGGGCUGGCCAGGAUCGUGGACCAGCACUACUCGCACAAGGGUUACCUCUCGGAAGGCUUAGUGACCAAGUGGUACCGCUCGCCUCGCCUCCUGCUCUCGCCCAACAACUACACCAAAGCCAUCGACAUGUGGGCGGCCGGCUGCAUCCUGGCCGAGAUGCUGACGGGAAGGAUGCUCUUCGCCGGGGGCCACGAGCUGGAGCAGAUGCAGCUUAUCCUGGAGACCAUCCCCGUCGUCCACCAGGAGGACAAAGAGGAGCUGCUCAGGGUGAUGCCCACCUUCAUCGACGGCACGUGGGAAGUGAGGAAGCCGCUGAGGAAGCUGCUGCCCGAGGUGGACGGUGAAGCCAUCGAUUUCCUGGAGAAGAUCCUCACCUUCAACCCCAUGGACCGAUUGACGGCCGAGAUGGGGCUGCAGCACCCCUACAUGAGCCAGUACUCGUGCCCCGAGGACGAGCCCGUGUCCCAGCACCCGUUCCGCAUCGAGGACGAGAUCGACGACAUCCUGCUGAUGGAAGCCAACCAGAGCCAGACGUCCAACUGGGACAGGUACCACAUCAGCCUCUCCUCCGAUUUGGACUGGAGGCACGACAAGCACCACGACAUGGACGAGGUGCAGCGGGACCCCCGGGCGGGGUCGGGAUCGGCCGCCGAGGAGGCGCAGGUGGACCCGCGGAAAUACUCGCAGAGCAGCUCGGAGAGGUUCCUGGAGCUGUCCCACUCCUCCAUGGACCGCGGGUUCGACGCCGACUGCGGCAGGUCGUGCGAUUACAAGGUGGGCUCGCCCUCCUACCUGGACAAGCUGCUGUGGAGGGACGGCAAACCCCACCACUACUCGGAGCCCAAGCUGAUCCUGGAUUUGUCCCACUGGAAAAGAGCCGCCGCCGCCGUCGUCGCGCCCGCCGCCGAGCUGGCGCUGGAAGAGGAACCCUCCGACCUCUUCCUGGAGAUUGCCCAGUGGGUGAAGAGCACGCAGGCGGGGCUGGAGUGUCCCGGCUCCCUCCCCGAGCUCCAGGAGCGGAAUCUACCGUCCUCCCCUCGCCCUCAACCCGCCCGGGUGAGCGGCGAGGCGGAACCCGACUUCGACCUGGACGUCUUCAUCUCCCGGGCGCUGCAGCUUUGCGCCGAGCCCGAGGAGCUGCCGGACAACAAGCUCAACGAGCUCAACGGCGCCUGCAUCGCCGAGCGGCCCGGGGAGAUGGUGCAGGCCGAGGUGUGCCAGAAGGAGCGGUGGUGA